CGCUAAAAUUAGACACGGCUCCUUCCGCGACAGCAGCCAAAGUGCUACGCGUAAAGUCAUGUAAACCAGUGGGAUACGCUGUCAAAGGCUGGCAGCCGUGACAAGUUUUCCAUGGGUGACCUUUAGCGCCGCACGUUUACUAAGGACAUCUGUGCGUAACGUUGGGACAGCGCUGGAUGGAUGGAUCGCCGGCCACCGCUGCGCAAAUCACGAGCAUUAGGUAGUGUUUUCAUUCGCAGGCGCCAUCAGCGCUCGGCUGUCACGAGGACGUCGCUCUGCAGAAAUGUCUUUUUUAAGCAUACCGAGCCAAGAGGGUCUGUUCACUGCUAUUAAAACGGGCGGCAAGUCAUCGGAAGAAGCGAAGGCGAGCGCUCCCAUGCAUGACGAGGAGAACAAUAACGACGAGGAGGAUGAGGAUGAAGACGACGGCAGCGUCCGCUUCAUCCCCAGGUGCUCGCCGGUGCCCAGAAAGCGAGGCUCGUCCAUCCACGACGAGACCGCCGAGUACAUCCGGAUCCACCUGGCGCUUUCUGCCGGAAAGAGGGUGUCGUUCGCCGACACCACAGGUGGCGAUCUGGUGGAUGUUAAGGAAUUCGUUGCGUUCGACUCGGAGGAGGAAGAGGUCAGCGCGACGUGGGAGGCGGAGGAGGCGAAGUACCGCAAGCCGGAGCGCGCGCCGACCUACCGGGUGCAGCCCGGGUUCGGCGCCGCGGCGGGCGGCGCCCUGCUGCGCGCAGUGCGCGCCAACAGGGUGGAGGUGGAGCAGCUGUCUCCAGUAGACAAUGAGCCGCUCGCCUUCUGCGGGCUGGUGCGGGUCCUGAACAUUUCCUACCACAAGGCAGUUUAUAUAAGAGCCACCAUGGACAACUGGGUGACUUACUUUGAUCACCCCGCAGAGUACGUCCAGGGCUCCAACGACGGCGACACUGAUCAGUUCUACUUCAAGCUGUCCUUCGCACCCCCCUACAUCACGCAUGGCUCCCGCAUGGAGUUCGUGGUUCGCUACGAAACCUCUGAUGGGGAUUUCUGGGCUAAUAACUCCUCUCUGAAUUAUGUGAUCACGCUGCUCCUGUCCUACGAAGAUAAUUCAGCCGAAACAAACGUCAACAUACAGCCAGCGAGAAGCAUCCUCAAGCCGCCAAAGGCUUACAGUAUGAAUGAUGAUUUGGAUUCAGAGGAUGAGCAGGAAAAGGAUGAAGCAGGUGAGGAAGGGACCUCCCGGCCUGAUCUUAUCAGAGCAGCAGCUGUCGGACCAGCUCCCAUCCAACCGGAGAUCGAUGUGGAGAUUCCAGUUUGCCCAUCACGUCCCUCUGUCCCGCCUGAGCCAGAGCCUCCGUGUGUUGAUGGCACACUGUCCCCACACACUGUAACCUCAGGUGUACGAGCCUCCUGCACGUCUCCUGAAUCCACCCCUCAGUGUAACGCAGCCUUUGUUCCCUGUGCCAGUGAAUCAGUUCAGCCAAACAAGUCGCCGCCUUUACCCAGACUCCACAGUGAAUUAGGCAACCAAACGUCUGAGCAGCCCGUAGACAGUGGUCCCUCUGCGCCGCUGCCUUCCCUGCAAGAGUCGAGGCCCAGAUCAGAGAGCUCCCGCUCUGGAGGAGAGGAAAUCCCUUCUUCAGAGGAUUCGUGCUUGCAUCUCGGAGCCACAGAGAUGAAUCUCUGGCCGACGGGGGGGGGUGGAUCGAGCGAGAGCGCAGCCGGGAGUCCUCGGCCCGAACUGCCUGCUGAGAGCAUCUCUCCCCCCGCCGCGGCCGAGGGCUUUGAGCGCGCAGGUGCAGCGGGAUCGCCUGAGCGUGUUGCAGGAUUAUCAGAAGAUCCCGGCAGGUCUGCAGCGCAUUGCGAAGGCAGGGCACCCGCGCGCGCGUCCCCCGAGGCCGAGCGCGAGACAGAAGCUUGCAGGGAUGAAGCGCCAGCGUCACCUGAACUCGCAGAGAACCGGAACCUUGUUCUGCAGAGCGUGAGGGAGCACACAGAGGAUGCUCCCCAGAUGCUCCCCGGUGCAUUAUCAGAGAAUCUACCCAGCACGUUGUCAGCGGCGUCCCAGCCUCCGCCUGAGGAUGAUGUAAGCAGCAGUCUGAUCCAACCAUCCAUUGCGUUUCUGACUGGAGUUGUCUCGCUGUCUGUAGUGAUGCAGGAACCAAGCACCCUCUUCUUCAUCGGACUGCUCCUGGUCUUGAACCGUUUGUAAUUGUGGCACAACGGUUCACUCUGAUCUGCUCUCUAAAAUCCAGAAAGUGCCUUUCCGUGAUUCCAAACCGAGCCGUGAAGUUCAAAGAGCUGCACUGUGGCAGCCCACUGCUCCCCCAGGGGAUGGGUAAAAAUGCAGAGGGUAAUUUCCCCAAUGUGGGAUCGAUAAAGUUCAUUUAUUAUAAUUAAUAUUAUUAUUAAAACACACAACUGUCAAUCCCUGAUUGAACCUUUAGAAUAAUAUUAAUAUAUAUUUUUGUCAUAUAAAAACACAAUUUAUUACAAAGUCCAUUAUAAAUAUAAACAAGUUAAUUAGAAAUGAUAAUUGAAUUAUAAUUAAAAUGUUAAUGUAUUAUGUGAACAAGUGUGAAGUAAUAGAGUACUAGUUAGUUAUUAUCAGUGUGAGUAGACUGUUAGAGCAGAUUUUUGUUUAGGUGGUGUACUUACUUCAUGUGUUCAUAGUGUUACAUUCUGAUAUAUUCAGUUCUAUGAUGCACUUUUCUAUUCUUAUUGUAGCAGCCAUCGUGUUAUUUUGUAUGUUACCACAAAAUACCUUAAACAUUACCAUAGACUAUGAAGACUAUAUAUAUAUGUGUAUAUAUACAUACAUAUAUAUAGAUAUAUUCUAAAAAAUCUGUAAAAGGAAUCUGUGACGAUCUUUAACAAAACACCUGCCUAAAAUAGAUGCUGCUUAAUUAGAAGGUUGCCCAGCGUGACGUGUUGCUCGUCCUCAGAGAGCACCAGCCUCCUGCACAUCCUCUGAAACGCCUUCCUGUAUCAUAAAUCACGUCGUUGUCCCACAACACUUUUUAUAGCACAACUCUGAAAGCCACGGGGACACGCUGAUAGCACUAAAUGCACUAAAUGACGUGUUUGAAGUGAUAUUGCCAUUAAACACGGCCUCAUACCCUCCACCUGUGUGUGUGUGUGUGUGUGUGUGUGUGUGUGUGUGUGUGUGUGUGUGUGUGUGUGUGUGUGUGUGUGUGUGUGUGUGUGUGUGUGUGUGUGUUAGCCUCUUUUCAACCACUCUGCUAAAGAAAUAUGCGCGCAGCAGUUUGAUGCGCGUUAAUGACACUGCAGUGCAGUGCAGACAGCGCCGGAGAUUGUGACACGCCACCAAAAUAACAUCUGAGGCCUCAGCGCCUCCGACUCUGGAGCGUGUUCAGAUUUGCUUCAAAUACGCGGAAGGUAAGGCGAGACUGAAAGAAGCCAAAGGUCAAACAUUGCACUGCGGUCGUGGUGAUAUACUUCAGAGCAGCAGCCAUUGUACGCGGUGGAUCGGUGUUUGGAGAUGGACAGGUCUCCAAAAUACUCCAUGAUGGAACCUCCCAGAAACGAGACAACAUUUAUUUCUUUGACCACCGGAGCCUUUAAAUGUUACAUAACCUCCACCUGUGUUCUUGAAUGUCAGGUUAACCUUAAUAAGUUUAAUCAUUUAUAGGUCUGUGUCUGGUCUUAGUCGUCAGGUAUUCAUUAAAUCACAUGUUGUUUAUGCAUUUGUCCAUAAAACAGAAUUAUUAAUCAGAGCUUAUUUAGCCUUGUGCAGGGAAACGAGUGCUGUGAUUAAUUCAUGGGACGACCACCUAGCUGUGGGAGGUAUUAAAAAAUUAAAGAGGCUUAAAACUGACCCAAGGAGGAUAAUCAGUGUAGGUUCUAAAGCAGACGCUCACUUUGAGGUAAUUAACGCCUUUUUAAGCAAUAAUCUACACGACUCAAAGCUGUGAUUUCAAAACAGGCUGUUUGAGCGUUGACAUGUUGCGACACGGGCGUUAACUGGGUUAUUUUCUUUCUCCGUCGGCCUCAUCCAGCGUGGCGUCACUCUCAGGGGCGGCUGGAGUCGAUUCAUCACAGGGAAAUGUUUAAACUGCAAUGUAGAUAAAUGACGUCUUUGACAACAAAGUCCCAAAAGGAAAAGCACAUUUUUUUGUUUUAACACACUAUUGUUCUAUAAAAAAACUCAUCAGUCACUUCACACUCUAGUUAAAUAUUAUUAUAUAGUGUUAUUUUUUGUAGUUCAGCAGAAUAAAGUGCAACAAAUUCA